GUGGAAACACGCUUUUAUUUUGAAGGGGGUAUCCCCCGUCUUCCGGUGUUGUUGUAGCUAGCUUCGAGCAGCUGAUGUUUACGCAACGGGCCCACCGGAGACCUGCUGGCAGAUCACGUGUCAACCCAUGAGGGGAAAGUUCCUGAUCGUUUCAAUGGAAACACACUGAAAGGUCUGCUGUGUAGAUCCUCAGAAAUUUCCCAUCAUGCAGUUGGAAGCUCAGCUGCGUCUUUGUCAGAGUUGUCUUUGGUGCUGCAAGAGCGGGCUGCGUCUGCUCUCCCAGAGCUAUGCACACAGAAAAGCUGUGAAUCACUACGAACUCCUGGGAGUCAAAUCUGAUGCCUCCUUGGAGGAAAUUAAAAAUGCAUUUUUUGACAGAUCCAAGAAGCUGCACCCAGAUAGCGACCCAUCGAACCCAGCGCUGCACAGCCAGUUCGUGGAGCUGAACGAGGCCUACCGAGUGCUGUGCAAAGAGCCGAGCAGGAAGGAGUACGACUUCAAAAUCAGACAUCAAUACAGCGGGGGCCAGGCCUUCAGAUCUACCUCAAGUCACACCAGCUACAGAGCCAGUACGCAUACCCAGGAUAACCGUCGUUACUGGGAGCAGUUUAGUCAGUCACAAACGCAGGAGACGACGGCGGAGGAGUGGCAGAGGAAGAGGAAGAGGAACGCCCGCCUGGUGGGCUACUGCUUCCUCACUAUGGCGCUCAGCAUCGGAGCCCACAUAGUCUUCUUCAGGAAACUUGAAGAAGUUCACAAUAACUUCAUGGACGAGAAAGAUCGAACCAUCACAGAAAUUUACAAUGAAUCCAAAGAGAGGGCCAGGCUCAACGGUUUUAAGAAACAGACAGAAAUCCUGCGGCAGAAACAUGCUGAGUUUCUGGAGAAAUACCACAUCCGCAAUGACGGAGAGGACAAAUAGGAGAGUCUCCAACUGUGCUCUGUGAUGAUGGAGUUUGAGCUGCCAGCAGGUGGAAGAAGGCGGCAGACUGGACGUGGUGCUUGUUUUAGGAUUUUAAAGGUUUUCUUUUUUUAUUUAAACAAAACAUGUUGAUGUGUUUGUCCUCAGUUGUGAUGCUGAGGACUUGAAGACACACAGAACAUGGGUGUGAUGAUGAUGAAGUUGAGCUGCACAUCAGACUGGACCAGCCUGUUGAACCAUUAUAUAGAAUAUUUGAAAUUACAUGAACGGGCGAAAGGAUCCAGCUACAGUAUGCACACACUCAUGUCCAAAGGAGCCAUAAUGAACACUGUUUAAACUGCCUCUAAUGACCUCACUGUAACGUGGUAUUUAUUGUCUGCAGCCUCAUUGCUGGGUUAGUGGGGCUCACAGAUAACGGCGAAGGAGUUGAUCUACUCAAGACAAGAUAGACCAACUGUAAUGACAAUACAUUUCUUGCUGAAUCACAUAUUGGUUUGCACACGAGGACGCUCUGUAAUGUUCUCUUAGGUCUGAUGAGUCUGUUCAGGGGCGGUGGGGGCGAUUGAGAAGGGUGAAGUAUAACAUGUCAAACGUUUUGGCGAUAAUGGUUUGUCAAGCAAAGUGGUCGAAACAUGCUACAAUGCCUGUUUACUUUUCACAGUUCUGCGUCUGGGUGUUACUGUAGAAAUGCAUCAUAAAAGGUCCUCCAUUUGUUAGAAAUGGGGAAGAUCAACAUUAUGACUUGAAAAGACACUGAGUCGGUUAAAUAUAGUCAAACUAUUGUAUUAAUAAUGAGACUAUGAAAAUGUUCACAUUGAAUGGAAAGAAGUACACUGGUUAUUUCAACUCUUACCACCGUUUCCUCUCAGUUUUUAGAUAUUAAAGUUUGUUGCCUUACCUAUUCCUUGAAGGGAUGUCAGAGGGAAAUGAUUAAAAGAUCAACUUUUUCUCAUCAAUCAUUA